CGAGGCUGCAGAAGGAGAAGGAGCAGGACGGCGAGGAGCGGCAGCGAGAUGGCGAGCGGCGAGGAGGAGACGGAUAGCGUGCCCACCUCCGAGUCCCAGUACGGGGAGGAAGUCGAGCUGCCCAUAAUCCAGCUCUGCGGCCUGGUGGAGGAGCUCAGCUAUGGAAACUCUUCCCUCAAAGUCGAAACGGAGAUGUUUGAGAAAUAUUACAAUAAGCUCGAGCCUCGGGAUCAGCGCUUUCCACGCAUGUCAGAUUUCAAAGCACCAGGAGCAGACUUUUCGCAGUUUCGGGGCAGGCGGAAAUCCAAGUCCCGGGUAACCGCAGAUCAUCUCAUUGUCCUCACGGUGGAUCAGAAGUGUGACCUGGCCGUGAGGGAACUAGAAGACGUCAAAGAAGAAAUGAGACAACUGAGGGCAAAUUCUGAGCGGGACCUCCAGCGGCACGAGGCCAUCAUAGAAGAGGCUGAAAUCCGAUGGGCUGAUGUUAAAAAGGCCGUGCAGGACUUUGAGAAAGAGAUUCUGAACACAAUAUCCAAGAAGCGGGGUAGCGCUGUGGCCACGCAGAGGGUGCUGAAGUACGUGGAGGACAGGAAUAUCCGCAGGGAUGCUUUGAAGGAUAAAUUGCGUUUGAAAAACCUUUCUCUCAAAGUCCAGAAGAAAAAAUUACUGACGCAGUUGAGACAGAAGGAAGAGGUUGGGGAGGCCCUGCAUGAUGUGGAUUUUCAGCAGCUGAAGAUCGAGAAUGUUCAGUUUCUGGAGAAUAUCGAUCAGCGGAAUCGAGAACUGAUACAGCUCAAGCUCACGGCGGGCAAUGCUCUCCAUGCUCUCAAUAUAUACAAAAGCAAGCUUUUGCGAGCGACAGAAACAGCUGUCCGGGUACAAAAGGAGAUCGCCCUGAGGAAGGAGAUACUGGAGAAAAUUGAGAAGGAGACCACACAGGCCGAAGAGGACCGGGCCAAAGCAGAAGUGCUCAAUAAGAAAUUGAGGAAGCAGUUGGCGACGUACAAAGUGCCCCACGUGAUGAUGUACGUCCACGAGAAGGUCACCAACUAUGAGCUGGAAAAGAGUAUUAAGGCGUGGGAGAGGAAAGUAGAAAUCGCAGAGAUGUCUCUGAAAGGAUACCGAAAGGCUUGGAAUAAAGUCAAGAUGGCCACUAGCCUCUUGGAGACAAGUGUUGUCCUGUAAAGUGGCCCGUGAGAAAUUUGACCUAAAUAAUCAAGAAAAUGAGAUUCAU